AUGGUCCAGAUCAGCGAAGUGAAGGGCAACUCGCGCGAGAACAGAACCGCGGCGCAUACACACAUCCGGGGUCUUGGUCUGCGCUCUGACGGUACUCCCGAAACUACUGCUGAUGGUUUCGUCGGGCAAGGAGCUGCUCGUGAGGUGAGAAGAACCUAA